AUGCUUGAUAUUGUUGUCGUUUUCGUUGUCGUUGUUGUUGUUAUUGUCGUUGUUAUUAUUGUUGUUGUUGUUAUUGCUGUUGUUAUUGUCGUUGUUGUUAUUGCUGUUGUUAUUGUCGUUGUUGUUAUUGUUGUUGUUGUUGUUAUUGCUGUUGUUAUUGUCGUUGUUGUUAUUGUUGUUGUUGUUGUUGUUGCUGUUGUUGUUUUCACCAAAAAAAAAUUUUGUCCUCCGCAUGUUUGA